AGGAACCGAAGGUAAAGAUCAACCUAUCGUAUUCAUCGCCCACGGUAUCGGUGGAAUAAUAGUCAAGGAGGUACUUAUUCAGAGUUUCCAAUCAUCAAAUGCAACAGUACAUCGGCGGACGUUUGCAAUCCUUUUCCUUGGUGAGUGGGGAUUGCAAUUUGGAAAGACUACCUUUUGACGAGGACUGAAGGUACACCACAUCGCAGUUCGCGUAUGACGACGAAAUACUUGAGUGCAUUAGCCAGUGUUGGACCGGAUUCUGAGCAGCAGAAAGUCAAGCCACUCGUCCGCGAACUGUCUAAGAAUUCAGUAUCCUUGCAGUCCACAAACGAGGCUUUCAUGCACAUAGCACCAAUGUAUCAGAUCUACAGCUUUUACGAGACUCUUGCUCCGAGACAGGGAAACGGUCUGUUGGUCACUAGCGAGGAAGCGACACUCAACAUGGUUCAAGAAAGGAUCAUCCCUUUGCCAGCUUCGCAUGCAGAUAUGGCAAGCUUCAGACAAAAAGGUGGUGGGAACAAUAGUUACCAGACAGUGCUCCAGAUUUUGCAACAGAUCAUCUCUCGCCUGCCUAAGAUCCGACCACCGGCUAUAUCAAAGCCUCCCGGAGCGCCAAUCCCACCAGAUAGCGGACAUAAGUUAGCAACACCUAAACGUAUCGACUUCAAGGGCUAUGUGCACCUGUUCAAGCAAGCUGUACUUUCCAGAACGAAGGAGUGCUACAUCUCCGAUAUGCUGGUAAAAUCACCGACGACGUUACUAAACGAUAUCAACGAUGCAUCGGACGAAGAUGGCAACGCAUCCAAUGAAGACGUUCUCGAACCCCUAAUAUGGGUACAUGUUCCGCUCAACUAUACAGCUUGGGUCAAUCCCUGCUUACAAAAUAUUGUGAGAGACCAACAGACAGACCAAGAGCUUAUGAUCACGGAACAAAGGCUUUGGUUAUCUAAUGAGCGGAAACGACCAAACCUUCCGCAUUCUCGAUUUUUUGAACCUUCGUGUUUUGUUCGUCGCAACGAUCAAACCACUCAGUUCGUCAUAUAUCUACCGUAUCUGCAUUGGGAUACCAUUGACUGCUUCAUACAGCGGGCACAGUUCACAAAGGAUACGCUUGGUGGAAGACACGCAGACAUCCCAGAUCGCUUAUCAGAGGAAGGUAAAGCUAUCUACAAAAUCAUCAGGAACGAUAGUAGCAAUGCGUCUUCGUUGCACCCGAGACGCAGUCUAGAUCAAUUCUUCUAUUCCAGCCUACAUAACACAACUUCCAGAGAUCAGGAUCAAGUGCUAUCCAAGUAUACGCCUGAGGACGUCCGCGGUGGAAAGAAGAUGAUCAUGGUUGAUCAAUUGUGGCUGUGGCUCUUGGAGAGCCAUGGGAGCGGUUCGAAUACGCCUGGUGAGAUCAGGACACCAGUCAAGACGAGUAUCUUUACCUCAUUCUCCAGAAAACAAAGGGAAGCUGGUGAAUUCGAGAACGACAUAGAGGAUAUAGCAGACCUACGUCAAGCAAUCAUCGAUGAAGCGAACGGCAUGGACGUUGAACAAGCGACUGACCGAUGCCUCUAUGUGGGGCUCAUCAUAGAACAAGCUGUCAACGUCAUGCUCAGAGUCAAAACCGAAGAAUCACUGGAUAUCUUGGAAGUUUUCCGUGCGGCCAUCGGAGAAGCAGCAGAAAAGCAAACCAACUUCUUUCGAGACUUCCAGAAGAAAAUGCAGCCUGAUUCGGGUGACCCCAGAGCUUUGAAUGAUCCCAAUGGAACCCAAACCAAACGUCGAGAAGUCGAGCUUGUCCUUGAACUGACCGAUAUUAUCGACGAGCUCAACACAAUCGACCGCCUGUUCGAUGCACAAUGGGAUGCUUUAGAUGCAGCAGUCAAGAUUGUUCACAACCUAGGACCCAGAUAUGUCUCGCUAAAACAUAAGCUUGACAGCAUCAAGACCCAAGAUAUUUUGGAGUACAGAAAGCAGGUCGGACGCAUGACUGUAGAUGCUAAACGGACGGAAGAUAACCUUAUGGAUCUGCUCGAUCUGCAACAAAAAGAGGAGACCCUUAAAGAGGUGCACUAUUCGAAUGUACAAGCUAAUGCAGCACGGAAACAAGCAGAUGAGACUGAGGCUCAGUCUCAGAUCCUGUUUCUCUUCACCAUCGUGACCAUCGUCUUUGCGCCGCUUUCUUUCUUCACGUCGUACUAUGGGAUGAAUGUCCGCGAGUUCAGUGGCGAUGCUGCAAAUACCAAUCAGCAAGCAGUCUGGAAAGCUAUGGGUCCUUUCUCAGGAGUCAUCAUUCUGGGUCUGCUAGGUGGUGCAUGGUAUAUAAUCCAACAAGCAAAGAAAAAGCAACACAAGCGAGAUAAGGACGACAACGCUGAAGAAGCCAAGGAUAGGGGUGCAUCUGAAGCUAGAAGCCAUUCUUGAAGGGUUAUGUCUAGGCUGGCAACAAUCUUGUCUCGAUUAUCUCCCUUCCUAGAAAGGUAGGACCUGGUGCAGCUCCCGAUGAGACCGACUUGCGUGGAUGUUAGUGCUGGCGCAGUAAUUGGCGCGUUCACGAUCAGAAACUA